CACACAUAUAUUAGAGCCAUCAUGGCCGCGCGCACGACGCAGGAGGCGCAGGCAGUGAUAGACCUGGCUUCUGGAGAUCCACACAGAGCUGGCAUCGUCCCGCUCUCAUUUGUCAGACAGGUGCUGGCAGUCUGUGUGUUCCCUGACCUGCUCCGAGACGACAGCAUUCCUCUGGAUGCUCGACAGAGAGCACAGCGGUUUCUGGACAUCUGCCCCCAAGGAAGUGUGGGCGUUUAUUCCUCCACUACUGGGAUGCCUUAUGUGGUGCAACGGAUAGCAGAGUUCAUCUCCAAACGGGACGGGGGAAUCGCAGCCGAUCCAAACCAAAUAUUUUUCUACAGCGGAACUCAAGAAAAUCUGAAGAUGGUUCUGAAUUUGCUGUCCAGUGGCAGUGGGGAGAUGCAGACUGGUGUGUUGACCCCCCUCCCAUACCCCCAUACCUUGCCCCGCCUCCUGCAGUACACACGGCUGAAGCUCGUGCCCUGCAGCCUGAAGCAGAGCCAGGGCUGGGCUGUGAACACAGAGGAGCUGCAUCGAACCGUGACUGAAGCCAGAGAACACUGUAACCCCAGAGCGCUGUUCAUCUGCAACCCAGGCAUCCCCACAGGUCAUGUACAAGACAGAAAAUCUAUGGAGAGUGUGAUUCGAUUUGCUGCAGCAGAACGGCUCAUUCUUUUGGUUCAAGAGGUUUACCAGGACUGUGUACAUGGACCUGGCAUAGAGUUUUUAUCUUAUAAGAAGGUGCUACUCGAGAUGAGCCAGGAGUACUCAGAACACGUGGAGCUGAUCUCUUUCAAUUCUUUAUCAAAUGGCAGCCUGGGAGAGUGUGGUCUGAGGGGAGGAUAUAUGGAGCUUGUUAAUACAGACACAGCAGUAGCAGAGAGAGUAAAGGUUCUGAUGGGUUUUAGAAGCCCUCCUGUUUUACCACAGCCUGCUUUGGAGGUUAUGAUCAACCCGCCAACACCAGGGGAGCCGUCCUAUCCCACGUACAAACAGGAGAUGUCCCUCAUUCAGACCACUCUGUCCCAUAAUGCUCAGCGAGGAUAUGAGGUCCUGAACAGUCUCAAAGACGUGAGCUGCCAGCCGGCGAUGGGAGGAAUCUUUUUGUAUCCCCGACUGGAAUUACCUGCUCAGCUCAUAGAAGAGGCCAAGACAUUAGGUUUGCCUCCUGAUGUGCUGUUGUGUCAGAUGUUUCUGGAUAAAGCGGGCGUGUGUGUCGGAGCAGGCUCUGAGAAUGGAUCAGAACAUGAUACAUACUGUUAUAUCCGGGUCAGUUUUGCUGCGUCUUCGGACACUUUUCAGGAUGCCCUUUCGCGACUGUGCUCCUUCCAUCACCACCUGCAUGAGACGUAUUCGUGAGAUCUGAAACUAUUCAAAAAAAUAAAAAUCACUUUGGGAACCACUGCUCUCGACAGUUGUGACCUUUUGAGGCAGGAGCUGGUUGAGUGGCAUUGAUUUGUCUUGCUUUUCUGAAACCAGUAUUCAAAUGAGUAAAAACUUUGCCCAGCCUUGCUUUUAUUAUGUAAUGUUUAUUUUUAGUGCAGUAACCUCACAAAUGAAGACACACCGUGAAGACAUACUAUGCUGCUUUAUCAGGACUUUUAACAUUUGGGUCACUAUCUGGAGAGCUUAGGGUUGGGGAUUUAGGGGUGGGGUUAGGGAGUGCCUGCUUUGCUGCUGCAUAAACUUACCUAAACUUUAAUCUAUGAAAUGUUUAUCUUAUUGUCCAUCCAUCCAUUUUCUUCGUCUUAUCCUGGGCCAGGUCACAGGAGUAGCAGUCUAAGUAGGGACUCCCAGACUUCCCACACCCCAGACACUUCCUCCAGCUCCUCUGGUCAGACCCCAAGGCGUUCCCGGGCCAGCCCACAGACAGUAUCUUAUUGUGAUUCCUCUUUCCAGGGUGCCGUCUUUACAUCUGGGCAUGUUAUGCAGUUGUCCUUGUUAUAACUUCAUGAAUAGGCAUUCUGACUAAAUGUGUAAAUUAUUAAAGUUUUUCCAAUAUUUUUCUGCACUAUUGUAAUCUAUAUUUCAGUACAGAAACAUGGCCACAGAUUAAGGGAGUCUUUUUUUUAAUAACAGCAAGCAUUUA